AUGCCGAGCAUUUUAUUAGUACUUCCCGGCGCCGCCUCGCCCGCGCAAGCCGCAGGUGCCAGCGACAUCGAGCGGUUCCUGGCUGCCUUCUACAACCAGAGGGAUGCCGUCGUCGAGGCGGCGCGGAAGCUGCUCUCCGACGAGCGGGCCCCCAGGAGGCAGAAGCUGCUGGCGGACCUCAUCCACAACCUGAGCGAAACCAUCCUGGCCGAGGACAAGGAGGACGACAAGAAAUGGUUUGAAGGUCUACAGUCUCGUUUUAAGAACAAAUCAAGCUACAUGCGGUACAGUUGUGAAAGCAGAAUACGAAGCUACAUGAAAGAGGUUAGUAGUUUUAUUUCAAAUGUUCAUCCUACAGCGAGAGAUGCAUAUAAAAGGAUAAUUGACCUGAUGGCAGAUAAACUGAAAUCUGUGAAAUACAACGGAUGCUACUUUGACAGAAGAGAGGAGGAGGCAGUCCGCCUGUGCACUACGGAGGGAUGGUUCUCUUGUCAGGGACCUUUUGACAGAGAUGACUGCCCAUGUAAGCAUUCUAUCAACCCCUACAGCAACAGGGAAAGCAGGAUCCUCUUCAGUACCUGGAAUCUCGAUCACAUAAUAGAGAAGAAACGUGCUGUUGUCCCAGAACUGGCAGAAGCUGUCAAAACACGAGAUGGAAGAGAAGUGAACUGGGAAUACUUCUAUCAGCUGCUGUUUACCGUGGAUAAUUUAAAGCUUGUACAUAUUGCUUGCCAUAAGAAAACCAAUCAUAAUCUCAGCUGUGACAAAACUAAAAUUUACAGAAAAAGGAAGCAAAACCACAAGAUUUCGUAGCGCUAUCUCUGGAAGUGACUUCUGCUGUUUUCAAAAUCAUGUCACAUGGUAUCAUUUUUAAAUAGCUCUAGUUUCUUAAACAAAAAUUUAUUUAAGAGUCCCUGGCAAAAGAGACUUGCUACGUAAUUCAACUGCAAUCUCACAAAGCAUACAUUCCUAUCAUGCCUAAUUCUACUCUCCCGUCUUCUCACUUACUACAAGCCUUCCUUAGAUCACACUGUGUUACGUAUAAAAUACAGCUGUGAGUCAGAGUAUAAAAAUGAGGCCAGAGGCUGACACUGAUUAUGCCCUACAAUCUCUUUCUUGCCAUGACAAAUGUAGGCCCAAAACUUACUUACACAGAAAUGAAACUUAGACAAAACAUUCCUUAAAAACUGAUCUGAGGGGACUUGUAGGUUUGUGUUUCUCUGAACAUUAAGCCAAACAAAGAAUACUUCAGGAUAAUUACUUUGCUCUGUGCCUUUUCCAGGCAGACAACCACUGUAUUUCAGGUAUGCCAAAGGGCGAUCCAGUGACAGAGCUGCUAGCUCUUCUGUACCAAAAUACCUGCACUCAUCCAUGACCGCUCCAUUUGCUGCUGCUCUAGACAUGCAUCUCCUAGAAGGAAGAGCAAGGCCAUGGCAUAUCUUUGCUUUUACCACCUUUGUUCUUUGUCAGCUUUCCCAUUGAUUUCCCUCUCCUUUCAAGCAGUUUCUGCCUCUUUAGCUUGAGUUUGCUUGAAGCAAUACAAGCGAUGUUACUGUAUAAUAAUCAUGUUUACCAUAUUGCUUUUGUAAAACACUUCCUACCUCAGGUAACAAAAUACAAUUUUUACUUGAUUUUUUUUUUUUU